AUGGCUAAGUUCACAUCGAGUGAUGGAUUGUUUACAAAGACAGUCAAUGUGAAUGAGACCGGAGUGAUGAUCAGCAUGACUAGACGUUAUGAUCCCGAUGCGAGUGACAACGUGAUUACUUGGAUGAAAGAUGGAAUAGAGGUUCUUACAUCAUUUGAUGGGCAGACUCAGAUCAGCUUCCCAAACCCAAUCCAGACAUCAGACCAAGGAAUCUAUGAGAUCUACUAUAAUAACGAGAGGAAUCAAAAUAGAGGAGGAUUAUACAGACUCAUCGUCAGAGAAUGCCCUGCUGGUAAGUGGGGUCCCCCUGAGUGUUAUGGUAUCUGUGAUAAAUGCUACAAUGGUGGAGUCUGUGAUGACAAGUCUGGCCUGUGUAUCUGUCCUAACAACUUCAAGGGAACGAAUUGUUUAGAAAUUUGUAGAAAUGAUGGUGGAAAUCGAUUUGGAUUGAAGUGCGAGUUUCAAUGUUCAUACCGCAAUGCUGCCACACAAUGUCAUUGGAAUCUUUUUUGCCUACCUGAUCCUUAUGGAUGUUCAUGUGAUGUCGGUGCUCAUGGUCUUACAUGUAACACACGUAAGUCUUCCGAAGUUAUUUGAUUGUGCUCAACUUCUAAUAGUGACAUUAUAUAGACCAUACAUAGCACAGACACUAAU